AACAUGUAUAGUAUAAUCACUCAUACUGUACAGAACUGUGAGGGUUCUAGUUCUCAUCAACAUGUAUAGUAUAAUCAUUCAUACUGUGCAGUACUGUGAGGGUUCUCGUUCUCUCUCUCUCCUGCAUUUAUUCACACAUUCCCAUCAACAUCACAUCUCAUGUCUUCUCUGGUGAUGUAUCUUCUGGGAUGUCUAAUCCAACCCUGCCACUCUUUUUUCCCCACCAACCUGUCUUCCUUGAUCCAAGUUUCCAAACUAAAUCAUUCCCGAAGCUGUCCUUUUUUGUCUGUUUGGUAACGAGACUAAAAACAGGACACUUGGGUCGUCUUUCAGCUGAAAUUGCAUUCACCUGUGUUUAGAAUGAUUCAAUAUUCUGCUGAUUUUCUUUUUAUUUCAAUCUGGUUACUGCAGAAAUGCACAACAUUUGCCAUCAUUCUGUUUUGAAUGUGUUUAACAAUUUUAUAAACAGUGUGUUAGCGUUUGAAAACGUGCUGCAAAAAUAUAAUUUAGCAGGUGGUGGAGUAUGAAUGAGAAAAGAGUUGAUGGAUUUUGGAGAAUGUGGUCAUUGAUGCAUUUUGUGUGAAAGCAAUGAAAAAUGAUUCCCAGUUUGGUUCACAUACACUUCUGUUUCGCUGACUGUGUGAAGAGUUUUGACAACGUGACUUCAGUUUUGACCAACGCAUGUUAGCAAUUGGAAACAACUGUAAAUGAUCUGGACUUUGACAGUGUCUACCAUCGUCUCUCCCUGCGCAACGCCUAAACACCGUCAGAUUACUUCAGACUACUGGAUGUCCUCAACAGGAACACUUUGAAUGGUAGAUUGUGGAUUUAUGUCUAAGUAUUCCCAAGUUCAUUCGUGUACUUAGAAGUGUGUGGGUAAUGUGGAGGCAGUAACCUGACAGAACAGCAUUGGUGAAAAGGUAGAUAGGUUUGUCAGUGUAGUCAUAGACAUCCAGGCCAUUUGUGUCCUCCUGUACGUGUCUGGGUGUAGCUCAUGUUGGUUUUUAAAACAUUUUCCCGCAAACUUCCUUAAAGAUCAGUGUCGGAAGCAGCAAACAGUAGUCUAUUUUCCCAUGUCUCUUCUUCUUGCAGACAUCCAGUUCUACCACUUCAUGCACCAUGUGACACCAUGUGACAGGAGAUCAUGAUGACCUUUGACCUGCUAGACUGGAACACCAGUGGAGAGAUCGGCUCAGUUCUACAUGCUGGUCUGCAUCCUGCUCUGCAGCGACACCACAUGGAGAAGAACAUCCUCUUCCGUCACUCCAGGCUGGUGUUUGAGUUGCUGGACAUUGAUGGAGGUCGCACCAUCAGCCCCGCCGAGUUCCAGGCCUCUGGCUUCCUGUUCAACCUCAAGCGACAUGCCCUCGAUAAGAUCUUCUACGAGCUCAAUGUCUCCAGAGACGAGGUGCGGCCCCACCUGCCCUGAAUGACAGGCUGCCACCGAUCGCCUGUAUGGACAUGCAGGAGAGGAGCCCAAGAAGAUGCAGAAGUAAGGAUUUAGUCUGAGAAGUCUAUCUCCCUUUUAGGUUACAGUACCAUGCUAUGCAGCUGAAUCUACUCCUAAUCCUCAAAAUAUUUCCCUUUCAGUUCCAGGACUCUCAUUGGGUGAUCCUAUGAGGUUUAUUGCUACCAUGAGUCUCUUUCAGGUUCCUAUAACUCCUCUGUGCCUCUGACUAUGUUGUGGCCAGGUAUUUCUGGAUGACUCUGGGCAGACAAAAACAAAGUAGCUUCUAAGAAGCUGUAGUCUCACUAACCUUUCACUCCGAUACCACUCUUGUCAGACUCUCUGGUCCUUCACAUACACACCCACUCAGAAUGAAGUGUGCUGCCUGACACAGAGGUAUGACAUCAUCCACACUUUCAUCAGAGAGAGCGAAAAUAACAAAUAUUAUGAUGUAAUGCAAGUAUAUAUCUCUGCCCAUUGGAGGAUCGACAGUUUGAUGCGCCAUAGUGAACGUCUGUCAGGAGCUUUCAAGGGGCAGUCCUGUUAUAUCUCUUAUAGAGUGCAUUCGGAAAGUAUUCAGUCCCCUUAACUUUUUCCACAUUUUGUGACAUUACAGCCUUAUUCUAAAAUGUCCAUAUAAAAAAAAUCCCCAGCAAUCUAUACACAAUAACCCAUAAUGACAAAGUGAAAACAAGUUUUAAGAAAUGUUUGCAAAUGUAUGAAAAAUAAAAAUUAGCAAACAUUUAUAAAAACCUGCUUUUGCUUUGUCAUUAUGGGGUAUUGUGUGUAGAUUGAUGAGGGGAAAAAAACAAAUGAAUCCAUUUUAGAAAAAGGCUGUAAUGUAACAAAACAUGGAAAAAGUCCAGGGCUCUGAAUACUUCCCAAAUGCAGUGUCAACUGGCUCCAGAAACGUUACAUAGGUUCAUAGGAUUGGUUCUGAUAUGUGUCUGGCAUCGUCUCCUGUCUAAACUUAUAGGACAUAUUCUGGGCGUUCUGACAGGUCCUAAGGAGGGGGUCAUGUUGCACCCCCUCAUGUCUUUACCAAGCACAGGCAGGAACCAAAGAUUAUUUAUGACACUAAAACAAGAUUAACAUUUUCAAAGCUGUCUCUUCCCGAGAUAAAAUGUUUCAUCACA